AUUGUUUUGACGUAGCAACAUCAAGUGAAAGUUAUCCUAUGCUCCUAUAGCAACCACAAACGCAUCCAUGAACCUUGCCAAGCCACACAGAGGCGGUCUUCCCGAGACCACAGGAAAGACGCAGUGAAUAUUCGGACAACAUCUCUCGCGAUUGCCCAGCUCCCUUUCAACAAAUUCAAUGGAAUGACAUGUUACCGAUGCCGAAUCCAGAACUGAAGUCAAGGUGCUGUAUGUUUGAAGGCCUCCAAAGUCUCCCCGUUCCAAAGCCCCCUGUUGUUGGCAAAGUGAGUCACCAUACUAUCGACCUCAGCUGGGACACUGAGGAUAACCGAGCCCGUGCUGGUCCACCGGAAAACUGGACUCGAUUUUCGGUGGAGGAAGAGAACUCAAGAACACACAAGUAUGGCACGAUUUAUGUCGGCUACAGCACGCAGCACACAGUUGAGGGUCUGGAACCGAGCACAUCGUACAAAUUCAGGCUCAAAAUCACCCUCCCCUCAGGGGAGUUCACCUACAGCCCCGUGGUUUCUGUCUCCACCGCAAAGGAGCCAAUGAACGGGAAAAACCUUCAUCGAGCGAUCACGAUGAACGACGAGGAGGAGCUGGUCAGAGUGCUUCAGUCCGGGACAGUUAAUGUGGAUGUCCCUGACACCCUGGGAUUCACUGCCCUCAUGGUCACAGCACAGAGGGGCUUUCUCAGCCUAGUCCGUACUCUGAUUGAGCAUGGUGCGGAUGUGAAGAAGAACAACAGCAGUAGAAAGGACAGUCUCAUGCUGGCCUGUUUUCACGGACACCUGGACGUUGUGAAGUACCUCAGGGAUCGUGGGGCCACAUGGACGUCAAGAGACAGGGCUGGCUGCACGCCGCUCCACUGGGCGGCCGACGGGGGCCACCUGCCAGUGCUGAUGUACAUGAUACAGGACGGGUGUGAGGUGGAUGCUAGGGACAGUGUCUCUUUCUGGACACCCCUCAUGAGAGUCUCUGCAGUCAGUGGGAACCCAGCAGUAGCUUCUCUCCUCAUCAGAGCCGGGGCGGACGUCAAUGCCAGGGACAAGGACGGGAAGACACCACUAAUGGUAGCUGUCCUGAAUAACCAUGAGCCACUGGUGCAACUGUUGCUGGGAAACGGAGCAGACCCCCAUGUGAAGAACGAGUUUGGAUCAGGGGUCACAGAAAUGGCCAAAGCUUUCGGAAGGCAGAAUAUCAUCCACUUGUUGGAGGGAAAAAAGAUCCAAUAGAAGAUAGCUUUUACAACAAUAUCCCGCCUUUAUCA